AUGACUUCUGACUGUGCCCCCACGUGCUGCCCUUCUGAGUCCUGCAUCAGGGCUUCUGAUUGUACCUCUGCUUCAACCUGUUGCAUGGAAACCACAUGUCUCCCCAGCGCCUGUGCUACACCCAGAUGCCAGACCCCUAGUUUCCUAUCCAGGUCUUGCUUGGCAACCGGUUACCUGGCACCAUGCUAUAUUGCGAGGAACUGUAACAUUCCGGGUGUGGUGGGGACCUGUGCUUGGUGCGAGGAUGGGGUAUUCAACAGCAAUGAGAAGGAGACGAUGCAGUUCCUGAAUGACAGACUUGCCAACUACCUGGAGAAGGUGCGUGCCCUGGAGGAGAUGAAUGCAGAGCUGGAAUGCAGGAUCCGAGAGCAGUGUGAAGACGACAUCCCGUUGGUGUGCCCUGAUUAUCAGUGCUUUUUCAACACCAUUGAAGAUCUCCAGCAAAAGAUCUUGUGCACAAAGGCAGAAAAUUGUAGACUUGCUGUACAACUUGACAACUGCAAACUAGCUGCUGAUGACUUUCAGUCAAGGUACGAGUCUGAACUGUCUCUUCGCCAGCUGGUGGAGGCUGACAUCAGCGGUCUGCGGGGGAUCCUGGGUGAACUGACCACAUGCAAAGCCGAUCUGGAGGCCCAUGUGGAGUCUCUGAAAGAUGACCUGAUUUGCCUGAAGAAAAACCACGAAGAGGAGGUCAACGUGCUUCGGGAACAGCUGGGCGACCGGCUCAGCGUGGAGCUGAACACGGCGCCCACCGUGGACCUCGGCCGAGUCCUGGACGAGAUGCGCUGCCAGUACGAGUCGGUGCUCGCCAGCAACCGCAGGGACGCCGAGGAGUGGUUCGCCGUUCAGACGGAGGAGCUGAACCAGCAGCAGCUGUCGAGCGCGGAGCAGCUGGAGGGCUGUCAGACGGAGAUCUUGGAGCUGAAGCGCUCCGCCAACGCUCUGGAGAUCGAGCUCCAAGCACAGCAGAGCCUGACAGAGUCCCUGGAGUGCACAGUGGCAGAAACGGAGGCCCAGUACAGCACGCAGCUGGCCCAGAUGCAGUGCCUGAUCGAUAACGUGGAGACCCAGCUGGCUGAGAUCCGCUGUGACCUGGAGAGGCAGAACCAGGAGUAUGAAGUUCUGUUGGAUGUCAAGGCCCGGCUGGAGAGUGAGAUCAGCACCUACCGUGGUCUGCUGGAGAGCGAGGACCGCAGGCAAGUGUGCAAGCUCCCCUGUAACCCGUGUACUGCUACAAGCACGCCAGGCAACACUUGUGAGCCCUGCACAGAAUAUGUACUUUGCACAGUUGAGAACUGCUAUACAUGA